CUCGCUGCUCUUCCGGAGUUGAAGGACGUCAGUCCAAACGCGGACCUCUCAACGGCUAACGUGGGAGAACCAGGCGUUACGACUCCAGAAAUGGACGCUCAAGUGCGGACAAUUCUGGAAAGACAUCACGCCAGUUUUCUCGGGGAUGGGAAUGCGGUACCGGCCCCCGCCCGUGGAGUUAUCUGUGACCUGGAUGUUGGGGACGCGAAGCCCAUCGCUCAGAGGUCUCGGCAGGUUCCGACGCACUUGCUCGACAAGGUGUUUGCUCUGAUCAAGAAGUUGCUGGAGACUGGGCUCAUCGAGUAUUCGCACUCAGACUGGGCUUGGCCAAUUGUGAUUGUGAUG